AUGAUCGCUUAUGAUGUCACUCGGCCUUGUCGUAACCCCCGAUUUCGCAGCUGGUCUCCCCGAUUCAAAGUCGAUUGUAGUCGCGAUAUUGUCAAGGAUAAUAAAAGAAAUCAGAUUUUUUAUAAACGACGAAAUCAAUCGCUGAGAAAAGUAAGUAAUCGAGGCUUUUAUAUCAUGACAAUGGUGACUACUUUUUAAAUUGCUACUUUAGGUCCCUGCUUUCACAAUUCAAACAGAACAAAGACACACAAGGCCGUUCACUCCAGCCAAUGCCAAGCCAAAUAAUGUGGAUUUGGUAGGGAUCUUUUUGUUCAAAACAAAUUCAGAAGAUUUCCGAAUGAAUGCAGCAUAAAGCCUUGUAUUCCAGACUCAUAAUGAGAUCCAAUUUUCCAAGUUUUACGAAGAUCAACGAUUUCCGGUGAGAAUUGUGUCCAAUGGGAAGAUUGGGAUCGAAUGGUUGGUAGAUCCCGGACUACUGGAGCCAAAUGAAGCUCAACAAGCGCUGGUUCGAUUUUCAUACGGACUGCCGUUGGAGAAAUCAGUAAGUUUUGUUUUCAGUCCUUAUAUAACGGACAUGUGGAGGUGUGAAAAAAAUCAGCGAAGCCCAAGUUUAAUUUCUGAAAGUAACACAGAUUUAAACUAUCUGUUAAUUUUUAAAUUGGCUUUUAAUCGACGAAGGCUUUUAUGUAAAAUUAUUUUGGUCGGUGAGGUCCUAUUUGAUAUAAAUCUUCGACAUCUUUGGCCCCUUCUUUGAUGCCUGCCGGCGCAAUGUAAUUAAGUAAUCAUUGUCAUCAUUUUUCAGCCAUUCAACAGUGUUGCUUUGAAGGGGUUCAUGGACUUGUUAACGAUCGAAAUCGCCCCUCAACUCAUCGCUGAGACUCUACCUCAAAUUGUAAGUUUUCUAAAACGCUCUUUGCCAUCUAGUACUACAAUAAUUUUUCCUUAUUUUGCAGGUCCCAAACAUCCGAAAAGGCUUGGAAGCGAAGAAAUAUGAGAAGCGUUUGGAGAUGUUACGAGUGAUUCGUCGUUUGGCAACGUUGACAGGAAUCGGGCCGUUGCUAAUCCCGUUCUACCGAAUGCUCCUGCCACCACUUCGUAUGUAUCUCGUAUCUAGAAUUACACUUGCAUUUGAAAAUUUAGGAACUCGAUUUAUUUCCAAAUUCGACACUGAUAUUGGCCCAAAUCACAGGGCCAAGUACAUGGAAGAAGUGACGGCCACUUUGCACUGUCUUCAGAAAUUUGGCGGACGACAUGCAUAUUUGAAUAUCAAGUAUAUUAUUCCUGAUUAUCAAAAAAUCGAUUAA